CCAUAGGACACCAUGGAGUCUGUCAAAGCCGCGGCGAGCUUUGCCGCCUCCAACCUGACGAAACCGUCCUACUACAAGCAGCAGUUCGAGGGGUUCGCCAAGUACUACUACUGGAAAUACAUCCGCCCUGGCAGCAUCAAGCCGCUCGCACACCUGAUGGUGCUGACCGGGUGCGUGGGCUAUGCCGUCGAGUGGUACGCCCUGGGACAGCACCACGUGGCGCACAAGAAGGCGAUCGUGGACAAGGCCCUGGCGGAGCACGGGCACGGGCACUAGGAGGAAAGGGGGAGAGGCCGGGGGGGGCAAUGGGAUGGAGUGACGGCGGAGGGGUUGGAGAAGGCGGGAUGGCUGAGGGAUGGGAGACAAAAGGCCCGCAGGGCUUGUGGUCUGGGAGGCGAAGAGAAAGAAACAAAAAGUUGGGACUCGUGUGGCGUCGGG